AUGAGCGGCUUCACAAAGUUCCGCGCCGGCCUCACGGCUGCCGGCUGUGCCGCCAUCAUCUUUACCGGCGCCACCUACGGCGCCGGCCUCAAGACCCAGAAGGAAUGGAAAGAGAACUCGUGCAUGUUGACACUGCAUGUUCAGGAAAGGAAAAAUUUCUGGGAGUCCCCAUACGAUGAGCAAAUCUCCCUUCUCGAGGGUCAGCGCGGCCGCUUGGUCACGGAGCGCCGCAACUGGGAGAGGAAGCUCACUUACUUGGAGGAGAGGAUAAAGGAGAGGGAGCCCAAGAGGCCCGAGAGCUGA